AACAAAUUGUUGACAGUGAAUUUUGUGUAACAAUUCGGAUUCAUGCGAGUAAUACCAGAUGCAUCUGCAGCUCCAGCCGACGGCAGUUGCGGGUGCCCUCGUUUAGCGACACGUGCCGAAGCUACAGUGCAGUACCCAACUCUACUCAAGUGCAGGUGCUACCUGUGGACCGUUGCCAGACACCACUACGUAACGCACAUGCUUGUACAGUAACGGUCCGCCUGAGUGAGCCAAGUGGCUGGAACACUGGAACACUGGAAACACCCGGACGGCUUCGACGAUACGAGAAGAUCUUACAGCACAGUGAAGAGUGGAGUCGAGACAAGGACCAGCUCCCGCAAGGUGCACACUACCAGUAUCUGUCUACCGGUAAGUACGGUACGGAGUACAUAGCUACAACCUAAAUUCGACGUAGACAACUACGAAACACGCCCGAGUAAUUGCUGAAUCGAAUAUGUGGCCCCCUUAUGCCCCUCUCCAUCCAUCAUACUCGUGAACCAUGACCAAUUUGGAGACUGCAGAUGGUAUGGGUAUGCUAACCUACCUCUUGUUGACUACACAAGUCUGGUGUGGAUUGCAAUGGCCGCAACUAACAAACUCCAGGCUCAACACCAUCAUGGACCAGCAUCUCCACCGAUCUCCUACGAGCAGAAUUGGCUCGACGAGCGGAAGCUGAUGGGCAAUCGCCUGCGACUGCAAAGCCAGAAUGCGGAUCCGGAGUCAAGGGGAGCUACAACACAUUCGCGCAUCUAGGUGCCUUAGUUCUAAUACUAAUCUUGAGCAUAACCGGUCCGCCGUCCAUUCCCCGCGUCUAGUCGUGUCCAACAUGGUUUCUAGCUAACGUCUUGAUACUAGCUUGCGGAUUCCCUCUGAUAUCUCGGAAAACUGCGAAAGCAUCAUUUGCCAAUAGAUUCAUCUUUAUCUCCCAGCAUUUCGGGACCGGCGUUCUGAUCGCCACGGCCUUCAUACACCUCCUGCCAACCGCCUUUGCCUCCCUUACGAAUCCAUGCCUUCCAAACUUUUUCAGUCAUAGAUAUACCCCACUUGCUGGGUUGGUGGCCAUGGUCUCGGCCUUGGUGGUGGUUGGAAUUGAGCAAUUCUUGACGUUGAGAGGAGCCGGUCAUUCACAUUCACAUGGAGGAUGGGAAGAACUUUCCGAGGGAGAGGAGGAGAUUCACCACAAUCAUAAUGGGCAUGCCAAUGGGCCACAAAAGUCCAAUGGAAGAUUAGGAAGACUGGGGCUAAAUAAUCGGCCGGCAGAUAUCUCUAUACAAGACGUGGACGCAUCAGAGGGGCUCGUGGCCGGUGUUUCUCCUCUUCCUGUUGCUACACCACAAUCUAGGGAAUCGCAAAGCCAGGGGCAAUUGGAAGACGAUGACGACGAUUCAGAUCUCGAACUUGAAGAGCUUGAUAAUAACGCAGAAAUACUUAACAAAAGAUCCAGUUCACAGCCUCGUCAGCAAUCAAAUUCGUUACUUUCCCCCGAGGAAGAAAGAAAACGACAGAUUCUGCAAUGCCUGAUGCUUGAAGCAGGCAUAUUAUUCCACAGUGUAUUCAUAGGUAUGGCAGUUUCCGUCGCUACAGGGCCACCUUUCGUUGUCCUCCUCGUAGCAGUUUCUUUCCAUCAAUCAUUCGAAGGCUUCGCCCUAGGUUCACGCAUAGCAGCCAUCAACUUCCCCCGCCAUUCCCCACGACCCUGGCUCAUGGUUCUUGCAUAUGGCGUCACGACUCCCAUUGGACAGGCAAUAGGAUUAUUCGUCCACCGACUCUACGACCCCCGAAGUACCGGCGGGUUACUGAUGGUCGGAUUCAUGAACGGCAUUUCGAGCGGCUUGCUCCUUUUUGCGGGAUUGGUCCAAUUGUUGGCGGCGGAUUUCCUGAGUGAUAAGAGUUAUGGGACACUAACUGGACGAAGGAGGGUGGAAGCUUUUGCCUCUGUGUUAGGUGGCUCGAUGUUGAUGGCGCUCGUGGGGGCUUGGGCUUAGCCCUUCCAUACCCCGCCUUGGCCUUUUUCUUUUGAUAUCUGACUUGUUGCAUUUACGUCUUCUCAAAUAUUUGUGAGAUAUUUGUUGCAUUGCAUGGCGCGGGGACUUGUUUCUCUCUCUCUCUCUUUUGUUUGUCUGGCGCUGUUCCCGCCUCUCUCUGUUAGGUUUAAUGGAUAACUCUUAUUCUUACCCUUUUCGGAAGGUACCCUCCUCUUAUUCCUUUCGUGGAGAUAUGUUUCUCCUCCCGACAUCCCUCCGAGUUCCUCCCUCUCUCUAUAUACCCGUUCACCCCUCACUUCUGGGAGUCUUGUCUGAGUGACUGAUAUGUACAGUAUGUGACAGACUCCCCAAGACGUUUCCUUUCCUUUACCUCUUCCCGGAUUGGGCCGCUUGGUGCGUCUGUGCGGUGUACGUGGUUUGGCCCGUUUGGGUACUGUAUUUGUGUUUGUGGUUAUGCAUGCAUGCUGUCACAUUUGUUUUUUGAAGUUGUGCAUAUCUGGGGAAGUGUGUUUCAUGGUGUUGUACGAAGCAUCUGUGUGG